AUGGAUAGAGGUCUUGAAUCUUCUCUGAUCUUGUCGAGCUCUAAAAAUGGCGAAACUAAUGCUACUAAUAUUAUUGAUUGGAAUGACAUAUUAAAUGAGCUGAAGAAACAGAUCAAACUGGCCGGACCACUCAUUAUCGUUAGCUUUCUUCAGUUCAGUCUUCAGAUUAUAUCAGUCAUGUUCAUCGGCCACGUCAGCGAGCUAUCUCUCGCCGGAGCUUCCUUAGCAACUUCUUUCUCCGGCGUCACCUCCUUUAGCCUUAUGUUAGGCAUGGGAGGUGCAUUGGAAACGUUAUGUGGGCAAGCUUAUGGUGCAAAAGAAUACUAUAUGCUUGGUAUAUACCUUCAAAGAUCUGUUCUUGUUUUAAUGAUCAUGGCUAUUCCAUUGGCUUUCAUUAUGGGUUUUACACAAAAUAUAUUGAUUUUUUGUGGCCAAGAUGUUGAGAUUUCAUUUGAAGCUGGGACUUAUGCUAUUUGGUUGAUCCCUUGUAUAUUCCCUUAUGGGAUUCUUCAGUGUCAGCUUCGGUUCUUGCAAGCUCAGAAUGUUGUGAGCCCCUUGACCUUUACAACCGGAUUGAGCACAAUUUUUCACAUUUUAUUAUGUUGGUUAUUCGUUUUUGAGCUCGAGUUUGGGGCCAAAGGGGCGGCGAUUUCGAUUGCUAUUUCGUAUUGGGUUAAUGUGUUCUUGUUGGCAGCUUAUAUUAGGUUUUCUGGUUCUUGUCGAAAUACUUGGAAUGGGUUUUCUAUGGAGGGUUUGAAUGAUCUAUUUGGUUUUCUUUCUCUUGGAAUUCCUUCGGCUCUUAUGAUUUGCUUGGAGUUUUGGUCGUACGAGUUUUUGGUUCUUAUGUCGGGUCUACUGCCUAACCCUCAACUAGAAACUUCGAUGAUGACAAUAAGCCUUAAUACAAGUGCACUUGUAUUUAGAAUCCCAUAUGGUCUAGGAAGUGCAAUAAGCACGAGAGUGUCUAAUGAGUUAGGAGCAGGACAACCAUAUGCGGCUCGUCUGGCUGUGUUUGUGGUGUUGUUUUUAUCGGCCAUAGAAGGGUUGAUAGGAAGUUUAGUUGCGGUUUGGGUUAGAAAUUUUUGGGGAUAUAUGUUUACGAAUGAAGAAGAAGUUGUCAAUUACAUGGCUUACAUAAUGCCUUUGCUCGCAGCUUCCAAUUUCAUCGAUGGAAUUCAAGCCGUCUUCUCGGGUGUUGCAAGAGGGUGUGGUUGGCAAAAGAUUGGUGCAUAUGUGAAUUUGGGGGCUUAUUACCUUAUUGGACUUCCUGCUGCUGUGUUCUUGACUUUUAUUAUCAAAGUUGGAGGCCAGGGUCUUUGGAUUGGGAUCAUGUUUGGAAGUAGCUUUCAGGCAGUUUUGCUUUUAGUCAUUACCAUGAAACUUGAUUGGGAACUUCAGGCAAAGAAGGCAAGGGAAAGAAUUUACUUUGGUAGCUUACCAAUAGAUAUUUCAUCAUCAAUAAACAUAUCGGUAUUUAUCAAGGAUUUGCGCGACGAAAUCGAAGGAGAAGGCAAAGAAUCUUGGGCAAUGGUCAAUGUGCCUCGAGUCUCAUCUCCUGAUAAGGAAUCAGAGCUCUCUAUUCAAGUAAGUCUUCGACCUGAACCUAUUUUCUCUUUUCUAGUUGGUUCCCACAUCAUCUCUUCAAUCCACUCUUCUUCUGAGGAGGCUUCUCUAGGAACGAAUGUUUUCCGGCAAUUCUUUUUGGAAGCUAUUGCGCCGAUGCACUUGGAGUUUUGGUCGUACGAGUUUUUGGUUCUUAUGUCGGGUCUACUGCCUAACCCUCAACUAGAAACUUCGAUGAUGACAAUAAGCCUUAAUACAAGUGCACUUGUAUUUAGAAUCCCAUAUGGUCUAGGAAGUGCAAUAAGCACGAGAGUGUCUAAUGAGUUAGGAGCAGGACAACCAUAUGCGGCUCGUCUGGCUGUGUUUGUGGUGUUGUUUUUAUCGGCCAUAGAAGGGUUGAUAGGAAGUUUAGUUGCGGUUUGGGUUAGAAAUUUUUGGGGAUAUAUGUUUACGAAUGAAGAAGAAGUUGUCAAUUACAUGGCUUACAUAAUGCCUUUACUCGCAGCUUCCAAUUUCAUCGAUGGAAUUCAAGCCGUCUUCUCGGGUAGGUUAUAAUUUUCAAAUUUUGUUGUUGUUGUAAGGAAGUAUUUUUAAGCUUGAAAUGAGUUAAAUAAAGAGCAUAUGUUAAUUAAUAUUUUUGUAAAACAAGGUGUUGCAAGAGGGUGUGGUUGGCAAAAAAUUGGUGCAUAUGUGAAUUUGGGGGCUUAUUACCUUAUUGGACUUCCUGCUGCUGUGUUCUUGACUUUUAUUAUCAAAGUUGGAGGCCAGGGUCUUUGGAUUGGGAUCAUGUUUGGAAGUAGCUUUCAGGCAGUUUUGCUUUUAGUCAUUACCAUGAAACUUGAUUGGGAACUUCAGGCAAAGAAGGCAAGGGAAAGAAUUUACUUUGGUAGCUUACCAAUAGAUAUUUCAUCAUCAAUAAGUUGAAGCCAUCUUUGUGUAUUUUUUUUUCAAGAGUGAA